CGCGACUGCCUUGGACAAAGCUGGGGGCACACUGCACUGCCUGAAUCGACUGUUUCUCUUAUUAAUACUGUUUCCUCGUCCCUGCGAUUCCUCCUUUCCUCCUCUCACCCUUCUCCCUACAACGACUUUUCCGAAUUCCCUGCAUGCAAGUCGACUAUUUCUUCUUGAUCUGAGGCGCGCAACGCGCAGUCCCUUCGACGAAACGGCCUGACAGGCAAAACCCUCCUUUAUUAUUCUUCUAUUCCCACACAUCCAUCUCCAUUUACCUCAAUUCUCUCUCGUUUUCCUGAGCAGCAUGAAGACCAUGAAGUCCCGCCGCCCGGGUGGUGACCGCGGGGGCAUUCGCAAGCGGGGCCCGACUCGCACCGACCGAGAUGGUGACAUGGAUAUGGAUGGACCUGGCGCCCGUGGAGGCAAGAGAGGUCGCGGUGGUCCUAGUCGUCCAUCUGGAUCUGGUUCCGGCUCCGGCGCUGGCGCUGGUCGUCCUGCUCGCUCUGGCGGUGAUCGGCCGCAAGCACGCGACAAGACUCUGGACGCCAUUCAGAAAGCCAUUUCAAAUACUCGGGAGUCCCAAGUCAAUAUUCGACAGGGAAAGAACAAUGCUGCUAGCAACCUGGAGUCAUUUAGCGUUCGUGGCUGGAAGACGAGCAAGGUCUCAUCCCAUCGUGACGGCGGCGUUGAAAAUCUUAUCGCAUUUCUUGAGAGACGCAUGAACGCCAAUAGCAAAUCAGGACCCCGCGCUAGAGUUACUAAGUCGCGCGUUGAAGGCGACUCUCUCGUGGUGUUUGUUCGCCCCGACUUGGCGGACAGGAUGCUGCGGCUCAACGAUAGUCUUUUCGCAGGAAGUCACCUCGUCGUGGAGCCCUACGAUGCCUCUUCGAGUGCCGCUCUUGAUCGUGAAUUGGGUACCACCACCGGCACUUCCCCUUCGACCGCGGAUACCAAGUCCAAGAUGACGAUGAUUCUGUCCAAGCGUUACUAUCCGGAUACCAAACUUCUCGACCUUUCCAAACUCUCCUCCGACCCAGACCUGGUGGCUAUGGGUAUUUUCAACCAGACUUCGACCGAGUCCAAGUUCUUCCCUGCUUUGAUGAAGGUCUGGGAGAUGGGAUUCACCAACACAGUCCAGCGACGAGAGGCCGUGGAGAGUGUCAGUCUCGCUCACAACCAACUCACUGCCGUCACUGCAGUGACCACUCUCUCGCAAACUUUCCCAGAUAUCAAGAACUUGGACCUUUCCCACAACAACCUCAAGGACUACCGCUCGAUCAGCGCAUGGCGCUGGAAGUUCCGCAACCUAGAGUUCCUGGAUCUGACAGAAAAUCCGUUCAGUGCUGAGCCGAAUUUCAAAGAAACCAUGAUGAGGUGGUUCCCGAAGUUGCAAACGUUGAACAACGUUAUUGUUCGCACUGCCGAGGAGAUUGCGGCUCAGAAGAAGACGCCCAUCCCCGUUCAAGCACCCCAUUUCCAGGACGAUGGUCAGAUCGCAGAGAACUUCAUCCGUGCCUUCUUCACUCGCUACGAUACCAACCGCGACGAACUCGCCAAGAGCGUCUACGACCACCAAUCCGAAUUUACCCUGAACGUCAAUACCUCGGCACCCAAGGCCCAGCACACUGAAUCUGCAGGCUGGGACCCAUACAUCAAGAAGAGCCGAAACCUCCUCAAAAUCAACCACCUUCCUGCUCGCAUGUCGCGUGCCUACACGGGUGCGGAGAAGAUCCUUGAACUCUGGAAGACUCUCCCGGAAACUCGUCACCCUGAUAUGACCUCACACCCAGAGGAGUAUCUGAUCGAGUGCCAUCCCGUCCCUGGGCUUCCCGACCCUACUGGACAGAGCCCUACUGGUGUGGGUGGUCUGAUGAUAAUGGUUCACGGAAAGUUUGAGGAAAGCGUUGGCGGCAAGGUCGAGACCCGCAGCUUCGAUCGCACCUUCGUCAUUGGCCCCGGUGGUGGGAUGGGCGGUAUUCGUGUCAUUAACGACAUUUUGUGCCUUCGGGCUUACGGUGGUCAUGAGGCCUGGAGCCCGGAGAACCAGGCUAUUCCUUACGCAGUUGCCCCCGCCGCUGCUCCUGCUCCUGUCCCCGUCGCUGUACCUGCCCCUGCCCCUGCCCCUGCCCCUGCUCCUGCUCCUGUGCCUGCGCCCCUCGCCCAGCCCGGUAUCCCUCAUGGAUACGGUGUCCCUGCUCCUGGAAAAACCGACGCCCAAGUCCAGCAGGAGCAAUUGGUGGCCCAGAUGAGUGCCAAGUCGGGUAUGACUCUUCAGUUCUCGGAGAUGGCUCUUUCCGGCAAUGGCUGGAAUUUCGAAGCUGCAUGGAAGAACUUCGAAGAGCUCAAGGCUUCGGGGACUCUUCCCGCCACCGCUUUCCUCUCUCCAGCCUAAGCGGUCUCCGUCACCCGACCACCAGCUCGGGUUUCUACUUCGCUUCUAUUCCAAGAUAGAAUAGACCUACAAGUGACGACAAAUCCCCUUGUCAUCGGGGAUUUUGUAAGCUACCAGGAAUGAUGGCAGUAUAGAUGGCUUUCUUUUUUUGCAUUGCUCGGGCGAAUGGGCAAAGUUUCACGAACAUGUACUCUAGGAUCUUAACAUAUGCCACAUGUGAUCAAUGACUAUCAGAAAUAUCAAUCUUAAAACGUAAUUCUUCAGACUGA